AUGCGGGAUGAGAAGCUUCAAAGGGAAUACACCAGAUUCAUGGAGGAAUACCUUGACCUUGGGCACAUGGAAGAGGUAAUUGAUGAAGACCAAAUACCCAAGCGAUCGUCCUAUCUACCUCACCAUGCCGUGAUAAAGGAAUCAAGUCUAACCACCAAGGUCCGCGUUGUAUUCGAUGCGUCUGCAAAGAGUUCGACGGGUGUCACGCUCAAUGAUGUGUUGAUGUGUGGUCCAAAUGUCCAAGAGGAUGUCUUCUCCAUAUUAGCCAGAUUCAGGAAGCAUCAAUACGUGUUGACAUCAGAUAUCGAAAAAAUGUUUAGACAGGUAGCAGUUUCAAAAUCGGACUGGGAUCUUCAGCGCAUUGUGUGGAGAGCCAGACCCAGUGAUCCUUUGCGCACAUUUCGACUCACAACCGUGACUUAUGGGACUACAUCUGCCUCAUUUCUUGCAACUCAGUGUCUAGUAACCUUGGCAGAAAAUGUAAAGGAGUUACACCCUGAUGCAGCUCGAAUAAUCAAGAGAGAUUUCUACAUUUAUGACCUCAUGUCAGGGGCUGAUACAGAAGAGGAAUGUUUGAAGCUACAACAACAAAUAAGUGAUGUUUUGCUUUCCGCCAAACUCAAAUUACGAAAAUGGUGUUCAAAUUCUGUGAGGGUGUUAGAGAAUAUAGACAAGGUUAAGGACGAUCCACUUUUUACUUUAGAAAUUAAGGAUGGAAAUACGGUGAAGUCUCUGGGGCUUGGUUGGAAACCGUUAGCAGAUCAGUUCCACUUUAACAUCUCUAUGGACCCGUCUUUGAACAAGUGCACAAAGAGGACAUUGCUAUCGGAUUUAAAUCGUGUGUUUGACCCACUUGGAUUCUUAUGCCCUGUUUUACUAAGAGGAAAAAUGUUUUUACAGCAAAUAUGGUCAAUGAAAUUAGAUUGGGAUACGCAACUUUCUCCUGACAUUCAAGGAAGGUGGAAAUCAUUCAUUCGCGAGUUGCAGGAUCUCAAAUGUUUAUCUAUUCCAAGGAAAGUGAAGCCGUUGUCAAGACAUCCCCCCGAAAUACAUGGGUUUUGCGAUGCCUCCCAGGAAGCAUAUGGGGCUUGCAUCUAUAUCAGGACUAGAGAUAAUCAAGGAAGGUGGAAUUCUCACCUUCUUUGUGCGAGGACAAGAGUGGCACCUCUGAAGGAAUGGACCAUACCUCGACUAGAGUUAAGUGGAGCAUUGCUGCUAGUCGAAUUAGCAAACAAGGUCGCCGAGUCAUGGUCUGUGGAACUAUGUACAUUCCAACUGUGGACAGACUCGACAAUAGUAUUAGGAUGGCUGAAUAGUCAAACCACACGGUUAAAAACGUUUGUAUCCAAUCGAAUCAAUCAGAUACUAGAGCUUACCGACAUCAAACAAUGGCAUCACAUUAGGAGUGAGGAUAACCCAGCCGAUGUGGCAUCAAGAGGAUUAAGGCCGACAGAAAUAUUAUCUUGCGCUAAGUGGUGGAAUGGACCUAGUUGGCUGGUAACAGAAGGACACAAUUGGAAAUCCGAAGCUGAAUCAAUUAUUAAAGAAGAAGACCUGCCUGAGAUAAGACCAAUUCGACUUGCAUUAAUAACGACCAACAUAACCAGCGAUUUGCUACCCUUAUACUCAGAUUGGAUUAAGCUUGUCCGCGCAAUCGCUUGGUUAGGAAAAUUCAUAGAGUUCAAGCGAGCCAAAACUUCAGGAAGCAGUUUGCCACGGUACCUUACAGUAUCAAAUAUCCGCUUAGCAGAACGUAAACUAAUAAAGGGUGCGCAAGCCGACGAAUUUGGAAUAGACCUCAUGAACCUCCUUGCAGGAAGGUCAAUUCAGAAAAGAAGUGUUCUGAGAACUUUGUGCCCGUUUAUUAGUGAAGAUGGAGUAAUCUUGGUUGGAGGGCGACUUGGGAAUGCCGAUAUUGCUGCGACCCAAAAGCAUCCAAUAGUAUUACCUUCAAAGCACAAGGUAACAAGACUAAUCUUUGAGGACCAACAUAGAGCCUUGCAUCACUGUGGUCCACAAGCUCUCUUGGCCGCUGUCCGACAACGUUAUUGGCCACUACGAGGUAGAAUAAUGGCACGGUCGGUGACAUCUCGCUGCGUCACCUGUAUUCGCUCAAGGCCGAAAUUCGAGAACCCAGUAAUGGCACCCUUGCCUAAGAAUCGCGUGCAAUUUUCAAGACCAUUCACAAUAACAGGUGUUGAUUUCGCAGGACCCUUACUUAUCCGAAGUGGCAUACGUAGAGUAACAGCAAUAAAAACCUGGAUAGCAGUAUUUGUAUGUUUUGCGACCAGAGCAAUUCACCUAGAGGCGGUUGUUGGGCUCACAAGCGACGCAUUCAUGGCAUCAUUGCGACGCUUCAUGUCCAGACGUGGAAAAUGUAAUAAGAUAUAUAGUGAUAACGGAACAAACUUCGUGGGCGCACAAAAGGAGCUGUCCAACUACGUGAAGAACACUGAAGAUCUCAUGGCACGGGAAGGAGUAGAAUGGCAUUUCAACCCACCAUCAGCCCCUCAUUUCGGUGGCUUAUGGGAAAGCGCAGUAAAGAGCGUAAAAACUCAUUUAGUUCGCGUCGUCAAGGAUACCCGCCUCAAUAUCGAAGAGCUACAAACCCUGCUGUGCCAAAUCGAAGCGUGUGUCAACUCUCGACCCAUGACUCCAUUGAAUAGUGACCCAUGUGAACCUGAUGCCCUCACACCAGCACACUUCCUAGUGGGUGGCCCGUUACUGUUGCCAGCCGAACCCGAGAUACCACAAAAUGAAGUAGCGCACUUUAAGCGUUGGAAAUUUGUACAAGGUCUAAUGCAGAUGUUUUGGAGAAGAUGGUACAGCGAGUAUUUGCCGCAGCUUCAAGUCAGAGGACGGUGGUUGACCUCAAAAAAGGAAAUGUCCAUAAAUGACGUGGUAAUAAUAAAGGAAGAUUGUUCUCCACCGACCAAAUGGAAGUUAGGAAGAAUAAUCAAGGUGCAUCCCGGAGGCGAUGGUAUCAUUCGUGUAGUGACUCUACGUACCACUACUGGAGCUGAAAUGCAAAGGCCCGUCAGUAAAUUAUGUCGGCUCCCACUAGAGCAAGAAGUUGAAACUUUAUAA